CCACGUGGUCCUCAGUUGGUCUCUUAGGGAAGAUGCUGUUGGCAUUGCUGUCAUGUGCUGUGGCAUUGACCAUCCAUCAUGCCAAUGGACAGAAGGCAGCAGAAGAGGUGAAUCUUGAAGAAAUGGAAAUAGCUCGAGCAACACUAGCUGCUCCUAGUUUGGUUGGAUGAUCGAUUAAGAAGAUGCCAGAGCUGUAUCAGUUUCUCCUGAACCGAUUGGCAUUGUAUCAUAAUCUGCAGUAUGACUUACAGGAUGACAAGGAACCUGAGCUCCUCUUCUACAACUUGAAGGAUGAAGUUGUUAAGAGUUACCUGGUAAGGGAUAUGACGGCCGACCAACUAUCUGCUCUUCUUGAGUCAUUGGGAUUCUACAAAAAAUCAGCAAAAGGAGAGGAAGUACCAAAGGAAUUCCAGCAUUUUCCACUGAAAGCUCCACGAGAUGAGCUGUAAGUCAGUGAAUGUCACUGUGGUGACUGCACAUUUAGAGGGACAAUAACUUCCCAAGUGCAUGGAUGAUGUUCGAGUCUGAAAGGCAGCCAAAAGUCAGGACUCAAGCUGAAUGUCUGCUUCUUGGUGUGGGAAAUGCUUCAAUAAAAAUAUAAGCACUCAUCCGUAA